GAAGUCCACGCCGCGGAAUCUGUAGCAUGUCUGACUCGAGCCCUGAACCAGUUGAAGGACAUCUGGGAGGAAAUAGGCAUUCCAGAGGACCAGCGAGUACAGAGGACUGAUGUAGUCAAGAAACAUAUCAAAGUGAGUUCGGGUGCUUUCCAAAAGAUGAUACAAUAGUUUGCUAGCGUGCUACCAGAUCUGUUUGUGUUGUCUUGUGGCUUGCUCAACUCCCUUGGUCAUUGCCAUGCAUUGUUGUGACAAGGAACAUAGUAGUUAGCAAAUGGCAAGACAGUACAAAAUGAGCUUGAGCCAGGAUGGUAAUUUACUUAUUAACCAGUGGAAUCUAUUCUGACCUGUGUGUUCUAUUCUACUAGGGCUUGCUGGACAUGAUGAUCGCUGAGGAGGACAGUUUAAGGAAGCGAUUGAUGAGCAGCAUAGAGUCCUGUCGCAAAGAGCUGGAUGUUCUGUGCACUGAGCUUCAACUGUCCCCUUUUGAGGUACACUUCUCUUACUUGACUUGAGUUAGGUCUAUUCCUUUUAGCUCCUAGUGGAGCAAUGAGCCUUAGGAGUGCAUCUCCAACAUUUUUGAGGUAGCAAACUCGUGAAAAAAUAUGAAUCUUUCUGUCUUUCGAAUCCAAAUUGGAACACGCAAUAUUGUUACAGUGCGGACAUUUUACUUGCAUGUGCACCUAAAAUAUUUUUGCUGUGUGACCUGGAAUUUUUAUUUAGGGCAGUGCGCCUAUAGAAAUGAAGGAUUCUAGCUUUAUUACCUCUACUCUUUUUCAUUGUGAUCCUGAAUUUCUUUGUGUGCACCUACAUUUUCCAACUUAGGCUCACACAUGCUCCUUGUAAGAGAGGUCAGUGUAGAGCCAUGUGUUACUUCAUUGUUGUGAAGAGUUUCUCUGGUAUCGAGUACUUCAGGAUGUAAGAGAAUAGUUAAACACUUAGAUGGAGAGUUGGUUCAUAGUUAUUUUAAUAUUACAGUACUGGCGUAGCCUAUUGUCAGCCGAAUGACUUACAUAGAAAACCUCUCCGUUUUAUAUAAAGCUUUCCGAGCUAAUUCCAUCCAACAGUUGCCACCCAUUAUUGAGUGUCACUCAUCACCUACAAUAGGAUCCCCCUACAUGGUAUCGUGUUGCACCCUAGCCAGGAUAUUUCAUCACGUACUUCUUCUAAGAUCAGCACAAGUGGCCCCCCAGCUAUCUUGGCACGCAGUCCUUCUGGCACCCACAAGAGACAGAAAUAAUACAUGGAAUUUCCUCAUCCUCUCAAUCCCAUUCUCAUGAGAUCAAAGACAUUUAAAAAAAAUGUUUACUGUAUCAAAAUAAGUUAUAUCAUUCAUUAUCCUAAUGUUUCAUCUUGUUAAUGUCCCUCUCAACCAUCUUGACGUGUCUACAGGAGGACGAGGGGAGGACAAUGCUGCAGCUGGAGAAAGAUAUCCGGUCACGGCUGGAGGUGACGAUGAAACAGAAGAGUCAGAGGGUCAAGGAGCUCAAGACUCUGUCCGAGCAGGACCGGGAGCUGUGUGACAUCAUGUGUUCAGUCCCCUUCUGUAUCGACGUGGACUCUGUCCCAUCGCUGGAACAACUGGACGGCUACCGCUCCUACCUCAACGGUCUCACUAAAGAGAAGGUACGUCUGCUUCGUCCUUUAUGGUUUUCAUACACUACCGGUUAAAAAGUUUUAGAGCACCUACUCAUUCAAGGGUCUUUCUUUAUUUGUUACUAUUUUCUACAUUGUAGAAUAAUAGCGAAGACAUCAAAACUAUGAAGUACACAUAUGGAAUCAUGUAGUAAUUCAAAUAGAAAAUAUAUUUUGAUUUGUUUAACACUUUUUUGGUUACUACAUGAAUCCAUAUGUGUUAUUUCAUAGUUUUGAUGUCUUCACUAUUAUUCUACAAUGUAGAAACUAGUAAAGAAAACCCCUUGAAUGAGUAGGUGUUCUAAAACUUUUGACCAGUAGUGAACAUAUCCAUUUGUGGGGGGGGAUAUGGUUUUUUAUUGGUCCGUUUGUGGUUGGCGGCAGGUAUCCUAGCGCUUAAGGGCGUUGGGCCAGUAACCGAAAGGUCUCUGGUUCGAAUCCCCGAGCUGACUAGGUGACAAAUCUGUCGAUGUGCCCUUGAGCAAGGCAACUUAACCCUAAUUGCUCCUGUAAGUCGCUCUGGAUAAGAGCGUCUGCUAAAUGACUAAAAUAUAAACUUAAAAUAAACACUUUGUGGCCCUAAGUACAAUAGACAUAGGCAAGUGGGCCUGUCACUUAAUUAAACACAGCAAACCCAAUAUACACAGAUGUCUUUGAGAUUAAUUUGAGAAUUGUAUAUUUGAAUAGGCAUGAAGUGAUACAAUUCGGAUGUUUAUUUAAUAGUGCUGAGCGAUUAACCAAAAUGUCUGUACUAUUUUGGUUUUUAAACAAGAAAUUGACCGACAUGAGUUCAAUUAUUUGAAUUCCAUUUCGUUCGUUUUUCUGUGAGCUCAUUGUUUUUCUAGAGCUAAAUCCAAUCAAGUCCGAACUGUGCGAUUAUAGUAGGGAGUUGUAGUUUUGAACAGGCCAAUAGUCUACAUCAGGGGUGUCAAACGUACGGCCCGCGGGCCGGAUCAGGCCCGCAAACGGGUUUAAUCCGGCCCGCGAGAUGAUAAUUUCUUUUUUUUUUUAAAUAUUUAUUUUUUUUUUAAGUAUAAAAAUGCGCUGCAAUUUUUCAAUAAAAUAAACUGCUGUUCCAAUUGCGUCCACUGGAUGGCGCAAUAGCAAUUGUGUUAAGCAAGCAAACUGUUUAUACCGGGGCAGAGCAAGUAGGUCAAGCACGUGCAGCCAAUGAGCUACUUUGUUUUGCCCGCGAUAUUUAUUACGGCUUCUACUUUUAACAUUAUGUGCUUUGGCACCCUCAUUGCCCCAAUAUGUCUCUGUCAAAAAAGAGAAAAGUGGACGCAGAGUGCAGAGUGUUCCAAGAAAAAUGGUCAUCCUAUUUAAUCACGGAAUUGAAUGGGAAAGCUGUAUGUUUGGUGUGUUCAGAGCAUGUUGCAGUGCUGAAAGAAUAUAACCUUCGUCGCCACUAUGUGAGUCUUCAUGCCGACAAAUAUGACAACUUUCAAGGACAGCGGAGAUGAGAGAAGGUGAAUGAACUGUUGGCGGGUCUGAAGAAACAGCAGUCUGUGUUUACUCACAGCCGAGACAUCAGUGACGCUGCAGUGAAAGCUAGAUACCUCAUUGCUAAUGAAAUCGCAGUGGCUUCAAAACCAUUUAGUGAGGGUGAAUUUGUAAAAACAUGCAUGAUGAAGGCAGCGGAGAUUGUGUGCCCUGAAAAGCGGCAGGCUUUUGCAAAUAUCAGCCUGACAAGAAACACAGUUGCAGACAGGAUUUCCGAUCUUUCAGUGGAUUUGGACAGCCAGUUGAAGCAAAAAGAAAAGUCAUUUAUUGCGUUUUCGGUUGCAAUUGAUGAAAGCACGGACAUUACAGAUGUUGCACAACUGGCCAUUUUUUUCAUCCGCGGAGUUGAUGACACAUUGACCGUCACCGAGGAGUUCGUGGAGUUGGUGACGAUGACAGAUACAACAACAGCAGCUGAUAUUUUUACCGCACUCGUCGGCGCGCUGGACAGGGUCGGAGUGGACUGGUCCCGCGCUGUCAGCCUGGCUACAGAUGGUGCGCCCUCAAUGAUCGGGAAAAAAGCAGGCGUUGUGACAAAGUUCAGAGAGAAAGUGCAAUCUGCAAAUGGAGGACGUGAUUUUUUGAUUUUUCACUGUAUUUUGCACCAGGAGGCUUUGUGUUGCAAGUCAUUAAAGAUGGAUAACGUCAUGAAGGUGGUCAUCCAAACUGUUAAUUUCAUCCGAUCCAGAAGCCUGAAUCACCGUCAGUUUGACAGCCUUCUCAGAGAGAAAGACCACAUCUAUGGCCUGCCAUACCACACUGAGGUAAGAUGGUUAAGCCGAGGUGCUGUGCUGAGGCGUUUCUUUGAUUUACGAGAAGAAAUUGAACAGUUCAUGGAAGAAAAGGGCAAACCAGUGUUAGAAUUUCAUUCCGCAGAAUGGAUGCCGGACCUUGCAUUUAUGGUGGAUGUUACAGAGCACCUGAAUAACUUGAACAAACAGCUGCAAGGGCGCAACAAAGUUGUCACGCAGUAUUAUGACAGCAUACGUUCUUUCAAGUUGAAGCUGUCAUUGUGGGAGACGCAACUUGCCGGUGGUGAUGCAGCUCACUUCCCCUGUCUGAAAAAUGUGUGCGAGACCCAACAUGUGGCAGACAUGAAGCGGUUCAAAGAUAAAAUAACUGGACUGUUACGGGAGUUUGAGCAACGCUUUCAGAUUUAUAUUUAUAUGUUUUUAUGUUGAUGUGCUAUUGUUUUUAAUUGAUUUUAUUUUAUUUGUAUAUUUAACCUAUUCUUGACUCUGUGGUUCUUGCACUUGUUUGGGGAACAGGAUUUCAUUAUUUUUAUCUACAUUUCUGCCUGAGAAAUGACACCCUGAUAUAGUUCUGUGAUCUGUGAUAUACUUCUGUGAAUCACUGAGGCAUUGUGUGUUUGUGUGUUCUUUGUCCUCAGAACUUUCAUAUAACUUGAGGUGUUUUAUGAUUAAUAGUGAUGUUGUACUUUUGGACACUGUCCUCAGGCUCCAGCUUUAUGUUUAUAUGUUUUUAUGUUGAUGUGCUAUUGUUUUUAAUUGUUUUUAUUUUAUUUGUAUAUUUAACCUAUUCUUGACUCUGUGGUUCUUGCACUUGUUUGGGGAACAGGAUUUCAUUAUUUUUAUCUACAUUUCUGCCUGAGAAAUGACACCCUGAUAUAGUUCUGUGAUCUGUGAUAUACUUCUGUGAAUCACUGAGGCAUUGUGUGUUUGUGUGUUCUUUGUCCUCAGAACUUUCAAAUAACUUGAGGUGUUUUAUGAUUAAUAGUGAUGUUGUGCUUUUGGACACUGUCCUCAGGCUCCAGCUUUAUGUUUAUAUGUUUUUAUGUUGAUGUGCUAUUGUUUUUAAUUGAUUUUAUUUUAUUUGUAUAUUUAACCUAUUCUUGACUCUGUGGUUCUUGCACUUGUUUGGGGAACAGGAUUUCAUUAUUUUUAUCUACAUUUCUGCCUGAGAAAUGACACCCUGAUAUAGUUCUGUGAUCUGUGAAACAGUUCUGUUAAUCACUGAGGCAUUGUGUGUUUGUGUGUUCUUUUUCUUUAGAAUUUUCAAAUAAACUUGACGUGUUUUAUGAUUAAUAGUGAUGUUGUGCUUGUACUAUUUUGGACACACUGUCCUCAGGCUCCAGCUUUAUGUUGUAUAUUGAUCGUAUUAAAACAAAGAAAACAAUCUGAAGUUGUUGUUUUUAAGUUAUAUAUACCAUGAUUUUUCCGGUCCGGCCCACUUGGGAAUAGAUUUUCCUCCAUGUGGCCCCUGAGCUAAAUUGAGUUUGACACCCCUGGUCUACAUAGUUUAGUGCAGAAAACGUGGUAAUGAACUAUAAUGACCAUAAUCCAUUGUGCGCCUACUUGUCCAGUCAGCCACAAAGUCAAAAUUGGCAAUCAUAAAAAUCUUUUUUUUUUUUUAUUGCGCUUUUUGGUCUUCAGUUAAGGUUAGGCAUAAGGUUAGCAGUGUGGUUAAGGUUAGGCAUAAGGUUAGCAGUGUGGUUAAGGUUAGGCAUAAGGUUAGCAGUGUGGUUAAGGUUAGGCAUAAGGUUAGCAGUGUGGUUAAGAUUAGGCAUAAGGUUAGCAGUGUGGUUAAGGUUAGGUUGAAAAUCACAUUUUAAGAAGAGACAUUGUAGAAAUGGGCGGGCUUUAUUACUUUGUAGCUGUGGUAACUAGUGAUGACUGUCGGUGUGGGGCAGACACAGAAGAGAAGGCGUAAUGGAGUGGGAUCUACCUGGAAAAUACGUGAUCUAAGUGAUUUGAUAGUUUGGUAUUCAGCAGUCAUAUAAGAGUAGGCCUUAUUUACUUUUGAAGAACUACUAAAAUAGUUUAUUUUUGUCAGACAUCAUAGGCAGCAGCUCUAUAGAGAUGAGAUGAUGACUUGGGAUUAAUUAAUGAAGUCAUCAAAUAAAACUAAGGGAAUACAGACAACCAAAAUAUUUUUUAUUAAAGUGAAUAAAUGAUGGUUAAUAAGCGAUAAGCAGUAAUGGACAGUCGCUACCAUCAUGGCACUCUUAUUCAUUGUUUUAUUCUGUGUUACAACAUUCAACCCACAAUGCAUACUGCAUUUAAUAUAUAUAUAUAUAUUUUUUUUUUUUAACUCGAAAAUCGUGAUUUAUUUUUAUAUAAUCAAACCAAAACCGAACAGACUUUAAACAGCACUAAUCGCUCAGCACUAAUAUUUAACCCUAGUUUAGUUGUAUGUAAGCCUUAUGUCCACAUAAGAAUGAAGAGGACUAGCUAAGUAAAUAAGUUAGGCUAAUUCUCUCCAUUCUACACUGAACAAAAAUAUAAACGCAGCAUGCAACAAUUUCAAUGAGUUACUGUUCAUAUAAGGAAAUCAGUCAAUUGAAAUAAAUAAAUUGUUCGUAUGGAACAUUUCUUGGAUCUUUUUUUAUUUUCAGCUCAUGAAUCAUGGGACCAACACUUUACAUGUUCAGUAAUGUGUUCAUUCAGACAAACCUUGGUGUCAGUGUAAGUUAAGAUUGACGCUCUCCAUUGUGUGUUCCAGGAUCGUCGCCACGGUGAGUUUGUGGGCAUCAAGCGUCAGAUCAUGGUGUGUAUGGAGGAGCUGGACCAGCUGCCGGACACCAGCUUUGAGAGGGACGUGGUGUGUGAGGACGAGGACGCCUUCUGUCUGUCCAACGACAACAUCACAGCUCUCCAACUGCUGCUGGGACAGGUGAGAUCUUGGCCUACAGCCCUUUCAUGUACAUUCACCAUUUUCCCUGUUAUUUUGUGUCGGAAUGCUUCAUUUAUUUAAAGAUGUGCCAUAUUGUAAGAGCAAUUUCUGACUGUUUUUUAGGCUCGCGUUGUGUUUUAGUUUAAACUUUAUUUUUGGGAUGUUUUCACUCUCGUUGGGUGGUAUUUGUUAAACGAUCAGAUAAAUGUUUACAAAUGUAACACAGAAGCCCAAUUGUCCAUCAAAACAACACCUGACCAUACUUAUUGUUGUGUUAUUCUCAGCUGGAGGAUCGUAAGACGGCGAAUGAGACAGUGUGUAACUCCUACCGCACUAAGAUCCAGGAGCUGUGGGAGAGGCUGCAGGUGCCCCAGGAGGAGAGAGAGGGCAUUUCAGAACACAUGGUCCAGUCCAGGAAGAAGAACAUGGAUGCUGUGAGUUUAACAUACAUUUUAAAGGUUGCAAAAUUCUGGUGUCUUUCCCAAAAUUCCUCCAGUUUUUUUCCAUAAAUCCUGGAUGGAGGAUUCCGGUUUUCAUGUUUAUUCCCUCCUGAUUCCAGGAAUCUUCCAACCAUGAUUUCUGGAAAACUAGGGAAUUAUGGGAAAGUUACUGGAAUUUUGCAACCUUACAUAGUUCUUCUUUGGUAGGUCUGUAAAGUGGAAGCAAUGUGGUGGAACCUCCACCACUACACUCACUCACUAUAUCUAUCCAGACCCUGAUUACAAUUCACCCGUUUGCACUAGCAAGGAAUGCAUUUAGAAUGCCUACAACAAACAACAAGGUUCAAGUUUAUUUGCAUUUGUAAUGAAUACAUUGGGAAAUGAUACUCACCCGAGGUGAAUGUUCUGAAUUGAAUGAAUCUUCCCGCCCAGGUUAUCAAGCUUGACUCGGUAACGUUUUGUAAUCUCCCCAGGGUUCAGUGAUAGUGUACUGGAAUUUUGUAAUCUUCCCCCCAGUUACUCUUUGAAGUAGUACGUUUGUAAUUUUCCCCCGUUACAAGCUGAAUCGGUACGUUUUGUAAUUCUUCCCCCCUUACAAGCUAUAAUCGGACCGUUUGUAAUUCUUCCCCCAGUUACAGCUGAACGGUAGUUUGUAAUUUUCCCCCCAGUACAACGAAUCGGUUAGUUUUGUAUUCUUCCCCCAGAUACAAGCUUGGAAUCGGUAAGUAUUGAAUUCUUCCCCCCAGUUACAAGUGAAUCGGUCUUUGAAUGAAUCUUCCCCCAGUUACAAGCUGAAUCGGUACGUUUUGUAAUUCUUCCCCCAGUUACAAGCUGAAUCGGUACGUUUUGUAAUUCUUCCCCCCAGUUACAAGCUGAAUCGGUACGUUUUGUAAUUCUUCCCCCCAGUUACAAGCUGAAUCGGUACGUUUGUAAUUCUUCCCCCAGUUACAAGCUGAAUCGGUACGUUUUGUAAUUCUUCCCCCCAGUUACAAGCUGAAUCGGUACGUUUUGUAAUUCUUCCCCCCAGUUACAAGCUGAAUCGGUACGUUUUGUAAUUCUUCCCCCCAGUUACAAGCUGAAUCGGUACGUUUUGUAAUUCUUCCCCCCAGUUACAAGCUGAAUCGGUACGUUUUGUAAUUCUUCCCCCCAGUUACAAGCUGAAUCGUACGUUUUGUAAUUCUUCCCCCCAGUUACAAGCUGAAUCGGUACGUUUUGUAAUUCUUCCCCCCCAGUUAACAAGCUGAAUCGGUACGUUUUGUAAUUCUUCCCCCCCAGUUACAAGCUGAAUCGGUACGUUUUGUAAUUCUUCCCCCCCAGUUACAAGCUGAGUGCCGGCGUCUGGAGCAGCUGAAGAUCAAGAACAUGAGGAAUGUGAUAGAAGCCAUCAGGGCUGAGGUGGCUCUGUUCUGGGAGAAGUGUUACUACAGCCCGGAGCAGAGACAAGCCUUCACAUCCUACUACGAUGGUCAGUCGUUGUUUUGUAAACGCGGUAUCAUAGUAUGUGCUUUAAUUGGGAAUGUACUACUGGGUUUCUCAUGGACAGUUGGUCCCUAUUACGAAUGUAAUGUACUGGGUGGUGUUCAUUAGGUACAGUUGAAGUCGGAAGUUUAUGUACACCUCAGCCAAAUACAUUUAAACUCAGUUGUUCACAAUUCCUGACAUUUAAUCCUAGUAAAAAUUCCCUGUCUUAGGUCAGUUAGGAUCACCACUUUAUUUUAAGAAUGUGAAAUGUCAGAAUCAUAGUAGAGAGAAUGAUUUAUUUCAGCUUUUAUUUCUUUCAUCACAUUCCCAGUGGGUCGGAAGUUUACAUACACUCAAUUAGUAUUUGGUAACAUUGCCUUUAAAUUGUUUAACUUGGGUCAAACGUUUCGGGUAGCCUUCCACAAGCUUCCCACAAUAAGUUGGGUGAAUGUUGGCCCAUUCCUCCUGACAGAGCUGGUGUAACUGAGUUAGGUUUCUAGGCCUCCUUAAUCACACACACGUUUUCAGUUCUGCCAACACAUUUUCUAUAGGAUUGAGGUCAGGGCUUUGUGAUGGCCACUCCAAUACCUUGACUUUGUUGUCCUUAAGCCAUUUUGCCACAACUUUGGAAGUAUGCUUGGGGUCAUUGUCCAUUUGGAAGACCCAUUUGCAACCAAGCUUUAACUUCCUGACUGAUGUCUUCAGAUGUUGCUUCUAUAUAUCCACAUAAUUUUCCUUACUCAUGAUGCCAUCUAUUUUGUGAAGUGCACCAGUCCCUCCUGCAGCAAAGCACCCCCACAGCAUGAUGCUGCCACCCCCGUGCUUCACGGUUGGGAUGGUGUUCUUCGGCUUGCAAGAAACCCCCUUUUUCCUCCAAAGAUAACGAUGGUCAUUAUGGCCAAAUAGUUAUAUUUCUGUUUCAUCAGACCAGAGGACAUUUCUCCAAAAAGUACAAUCUUUGUCCCCAUGUGCAGUUGCAAACCGUAAUCUGGCUUUUUUAUGGCGGUUUUGGAGCAGUGGCUUCUUCCUUGCUGAGCGGCCUUUCAGGUUAUGUCGAUAUAGGACUUGUUUUACUGUGGAUAUAGAUACUUUUGUACCUGUUUCCUCCAGCAUCUUCACAAGGUCCUUUGCUGCCAAAACUAUAGUUGGAGUGGUUGAAAAACAAAACAAGUUUUUUUAAUGACUCCUACCUAAGUGUAUGUAAUCUUCCGACUUCAACUGUACACCAUAGAGAAACAUUUUGCAACUGAAAACCAAAGUAAAUGCUUCUUAUUAGACAAUAGUCCAGGUAGUCCCACCCCUGUUUGUCAGUCUUCUUCCAUUUGGUGACUGGUGAACGAAACCCUGGUUGUCCUACUGAGAUUUGGUCAUUUUAAUGAUAUAGAUCAAUUAUAGAUUUGAUACUUUAUUCCCUCAGAUGACUACACCGAGGAGAUGCUGAAUCUACACGAGGCUGAGCUCCUGAGUCUGAGGAAGCAUUAUGAGGACCACAGGGAGCUGUUUGAAGGAGUCACCAGGUGGCAAGACAGCUGGACUCUAUUCCUACAACUGGAGGUGAGCACUUUACUGAUGGGGAAAAAAUGAAUUCAAAUCUUUAAUCUCAAUCUGUUUUGUGUAUAGUUGUGUCAGUGACGCCACCUUCCAUCACUCUUAACCCCACUUUUCCACCGAUUCAUGAGUUUCGGGUGUGUUUUCAAGUGUGUUUUCAAGUGACUGUAUUUAUGAAGACGUGGUUGAACUCUCCACAGAAAAAGGCGACGGAUCCUUCUAGAUUCAACAACCGAGGAGGGAACCUUCUUAAAGAGGAGAAGCAGAGGGCUGACCUGCAGAAAAGCCUGCCAAAGGUGAGGAGAAGUUCUGUGUUUGUUCUGAUUUUUAAUGUUAAUUGGUUAGUACUCUAACCACAAGCUGAACUGUUCUUCUUUAUGUAGCCUGAUAUCAUCUUUUAGGAUUUAUUUUGGCUCUAAAUGUCUUUUGUUUUUUAUUGUGACACAUCAGGAUCCAUUACAUAGGGCACAUUUUUAACUUGAAGCAUGUUCUCUCACGUGUUCCAGUUGGAGAAGAGCCUGAAGACCCGGAUAGACCAAUGGGAGGAGGAGCAGUACAGAGACUUCCUGGUUAAUGGACAGCGGUUCCUCCAGUUCGUACAGGAGCAGUGGGAACUACUGCGACAGGAGAAGGAGCGGGAGAAGAAUGAGAGGGUGAGAAUGAAGACAACAGCCCUGUUUUUAAUGCUUUUAAAUGUGUUUCCUGCCUCCCUUCCGCGAGGUAAUCACUGAUCUGAACUUGAUUAGAUAGACGUUGAUGAGAUUGAAAUCAAAGUCUCCUCGACACAGUAGCUUUCCCCAAUCAUGUCAUAAUCAGGUCAGUGAUUUCUUCAAGGAAGAGUGGGGGGAAAGGAAUCAAAUAAACAUAACGACGAAGGACUAUUUCCAGUGUUUCCUCGUAAACAGUGAAUCCGGUUCAGAUGAGAAUACUGACUCUGAUUUGUGAAACGAACAGCAACUGAAGAAGAGCCAGCAGAUAGAACAAGACAUGCUGUAUGGGACUGCUCAACGAACCCCCUCCAAAAGACACCUUGCAGGGACCCCUACACCUGGCAAAGCAAGAAAGGUAAACCAGUUGAUUGAACACCAAUGGGGUUGUUUUUGUGAUCAAAUUAAAGAUAGGGGGGGGGGGGGGGGGGGGUGCCGUGGGAUUAUUUAAGAUACUCUUUGAAGAGGUAGGGUUUCGGAUGUUUUGGGAAGAUGGGCAGGGACUCUGCUGUCCUAGCUUCAGGGGGAAGCUGGUUCCACCAUUGGGGUGCCAGGACAGAGAAGAGCUGGGACUGGGCUCAGGGGGAGCUGCCCUCCCGAUAGGGGUGGGGCGGGGCGGCCAAGAGACCAGAGGUGGCAGAACGGAGUGCUCGGGUUGGGGUGUAGGGUUUGAGCAGAGCCUGAAGGUAGGGAGGGGCGGUUCCACCUCAAUAACCGGAAUGUGUAGCAGGGGUAAAAACAACAACCGUAAUGUCUAGUCAGGGUAAUAACAACUGUAAUGUCUAGUCUAGUCAGGGUAAAAACAACAACAACAACAACCGGAAUGUGUAGUCAGGGUAAAAACAACAACAACCGGAAUGUGUAGUCAGGGUAAAAACAACAACAACCGGAAUGUGUAGUCAGGGUAAAAAACAACAACAACCGGAAUGUGUAGUCAGGGUAAAAACAACAACAACCGGAAUGUGUAGACAGGGUAAAAACAACAACAACUGUAAUGUCUAGUCAGGGUAAUACUCAUAAGAUGGUCAAGAGAUCUGCAUGAAAAUGGAGCAAUGUGUGAACUGUCCUUUUCUCCUUUCCCCAGCUGAAUGCCACUAGCAGCAUCUCCAGUUCUACUCCGAACAGCACCUUACGCUCUGUCUUCGGAGGAACCAUGUGCCAGUCGCCGUUACUCAGACCACCCAUGUCUGCCAGCAAGGUUAGUAGACACAGCCCGUAGUGCUCAGACCACGCCUAUAGCUGUCGGCAAGGUAGGAUCCCCCUUUAUAUUCAUCACCGACAGCCACGUUGAGUCUCAUAUCAUCUCAUAAGGAUCCUGUCUAAAUAACAGCCAUGUUGAGAGUCAGUUGAAGAGGGGAAACAUGGUGAUAACAUGAGGACUCGUAAAUGCUUAAAACAAAUAACGGACACUAUUAUACCCCGUCUGCUUCACAUGAAGUGUCACAGAGAAAUCCUUUCUAACCCCCCCCACCCCCCCAGAUUCCUCUGAGGACCCCUUGUCGUGUUGGAAGAACCCCCCGCACAGUGGAACGCAACAAGGAGAACGUCUCCCACCUGAACUUCACGGCUCUGGGUGGUGUGCUAAGAACCCCGGCUGCUAGCCCUGCCUCACACCGUAACGUCAGCAUUAACUCUGUGGCCAGCACCUAUUCGGAAUUUUCGGUAAUUUCCUGCACACCAAAUGAUAAACCGAGCAACACACAAUCCAGUCAGAGAUGCGUGGCUAUGUCUGUCUGUCUGUCAGAGAAUUGCACCAGUCUUACCCUGUAAGAGAAUGGUAUACACUUAAAGGAAAGGUUCACCCAUUUUAAAAAAAAAAUGUUAUAUUGUUUUUGUGCAUCUCUGAGUGAUGUUCUAUCGAUUGCCUGGGUAAUUUAAUGUUUUCAUGUGUAUCUGGGUUAUUGGUGUUCAAGCAGGUAGAAAUCCGGCCGGUAUUACGUAGCACCGUGAGAAAGUCAGCCUCACUACCCUGGAAGUUAAUAGGAAUACGAAUUUUAGAUCGCGAAAACGUCUAUCAUACAUGUCAGAUUUCAAUACUGGCCGAUGUCAUAACUCGGGAGGAUGUCUUCUCUCGAAUGAGCCAUUGAUCGUAUUUUUGCGAUAUUCCUACCUCGAGAAAUGUGUAAUUUAACAGAGGGUCUAGCACAUUUCUCCUAUUUUCCUGCCUCUUCAGUCCAGGGUGCAUUGCAUGGUGCCGUAGCCAGAGAUAUUAUAGAAAGGAGACAGGAAUCCAAUGAAUGGAGGAACGCUUAACGCCCCACCCAGCAGACUGUCGACCAAUCGCGUUCACGUUGUCAUGCUGCGUCACGCGGUUGCUAAUCUAAUCGUCACGCAAUCCCUUCUCAAAGUCAGUGUAUAUGUUGAGAAACCUGCCUAUUUUCCUCGAAAGUACAUCAUGUCACGAUUCCAUAACUAUAUGAUAUUACAGAUGUCUCCCGAGUGGCGCAGUGGUCUAAGGCACUGCAUCGCAGUGCUAGCUGUGCCACUAGAGAUCCUGGUUCGAAUCCAGGCUCUGUCGUAGCCGGCCGCCCCACGGGGCGGCGCACAAUUGGUCCAGGGUAGGGGAGGGAAUGGCCGGCAGGGAUGUAGAGCAUGGCGUUUGCAACGCCAGGGUUGUGGGUUCAAUUCCCACGGGGGGCCAGUAUGAAAAAUAAAAUAAUGUAUGCACUCACUAACUGUAAGUCGCUCUGGAUAAGAGCGUCUGCUAAAUGACUGAAAAAAAAAAAAAGUUAUCUCAUCUCGGAAAGGAUUUGAAAUGUUGUACUCAUUGUUGACGAAAUUUGUGCUGAUGUUGGGUUUUUGCUCUAGCUCCCAAUAGACGCCCAUUCACUCCUUGAAGGAGAGCUCUCCUUGUCCCAGAAUAGCCCAGAAUGCACCGCGCGGCCCAUUGACGUAGCAUGGGCAACGUUUCCCAUCUCCUCAAAAGUAUAUCUGCCGUUGUGAAUGUUAGACUCCACUCUGUGAGGCACAUCGAUCUGCAGGUUGAACGUGGUGAGAUUGCAGACUCCUAAAUUGAUAGUUCAGUUUGUUUAGGUGAUUUUACAGCUAACUAGCUACGUUACAUGCGCAUAUUGUCUUUGAUAUUAAUGUGUGUAGCUACAUUUGCUAGCCAGCCAGCCCAUAGAGUAUUGCAUUGUGGAUUUUGUAGUCGACUUGAACUGCAACAGUUUACCACAAUGAUUUUCCAUAUUGCUACCAACCUUAUUAUUAAAGCCAAAAUGAAACAUUUGUUCACAAAAAAUAAUUGUUAUCUCACAUAUUAGUGUUAUUUAACACUGUAAAUUAGAGGAAUUUGUGGUUUUGGGUGGAUUUUUCCUUUAAGUGAAAGCAAGCUGUUAUCGAUAGCUAAAAUAGGUUUCUUUUUUUUCUCUAUGACCAUCUAACUCUACAUUCUAUUUUAGAAGGAUUUUGUCAACAUUGAAUCCACUGCCAUUACCAGGUCUGUAUGGAUGAACAUUUUUUAUUUAACACAGUAACAAUCGUUGAGACUCGCCAUGCUAAGUUGCUAACCAAGGUUGCAUGCUGAAGUUAUGCCUACUUUUCAGCUUUGACUAACGUGGUGAAACCGAGAGCCUGGUCCGGUUCGGUUGGCCUAACCAUCUUGUGAGGAGCAAUAUUAACAUUUUUUAAAAUUAAAGAUCAAACGUACACUGUUGAACUGGACUGUGUUGCUUGGUUUUCAUGGUGACUUUUCACGCAAAGGUUUUGGUUAAACUAUUGUCACCUGUCCAUGUUUUUCAGUGUCUUCCAUCCGUCUUAACAUUAAAAGAACCUUCUGGGUUUUUUUUUUUUUUGCCACACUGCAUGGGAAGUUAAAAGGAUGUUUCACUCAAAACACAAAUCUAUAUUGUUUUUCCACUGACCUUCCCCAAGACAGAUUUUCCUUCCUGUAUUCUCGUGUUUUGUCCUCGGGUACGUGCAGGUACUGUAUGUUUAUUUUAUAUGUCUCUUUUUUUAUCCUCCACAGCGAGAUCUCUCAAAAGCUUCCAAACCUAACGUCAAGACAGGACAUCUGAACUCUACUGGCACUCAUCUCUGAGCUGAAGGGUCAGACAGAACCGCACCUGUCCCUGAUUUCAUCUGACUGAGUUUCACAGUUUCUGUCCGGGUCCAUUUCUGCACGUCUAGAUGAAGGAAAUGUGUCAACGCCUACUGAAUGUAACUCCAAUGGUAUCAGAACAGAAACUUGCACCUCUCCCUGAGUCUCAGCUCAACUGUUCUUCUAGCUCUGCCGAGGUUUCACUUGUUGUCAUCUCUGAGGGUUCUGAACUACUGCCAUGAUCUGAAUCCUUCAUCUCUGAGGUUUAUACUGUCCGUGAUCCUGAAUCCUCCAUCCUGAGGUUCUGAAAACUCCAAUCCUGAAUCGUCCAUCUGAGGUUCUGAACUACUGCGUGUCCUAUCUCCAUCUCUGAGGGCUCAGACUACUGACCGGAUCCUGAUCCCCACUCUGAGGGUUUCGACUACUGCGUGAUCCUGAUCCUCACUCUGAGGUCUGAACUACUGCGGUAUCCUGAAUCUCCUCUCAUGAGGCUCAGAACUACUGCCGGAUCCUGAUCCUCCACUCUCGAGGGUUCGAACACUGCCUUUGAUCCGAUCCUCCAUCUCUGAGGGCUCUGAAGCUCACUGCGUGUCCUGAUCUCAUCUCUGAGGGCUUGACUACUGCCGUGUCCUGAAUCCUCCAUUGAGGGUUCUGAACUACUGCCGUGAUCCUGAAUCCUCCAUCUCUGAGGGUUCUGAACUACUGCCGUGAUCCUGAAUCCUCCAUCUCUGAGGGCUCUGAACUACUGCCGUGAUCCUGAAUCCUCCAUCUCUGAGGGCUCAGAACUGUACUUUCUGGCCUGGGGUCUUCCAGUUUUAUCACUGUUUAUAUUGUCUGUGUCCCAUUUCUACAUGUCUAGAUGAAGGAGAUGUGCCAACACCUACCGAAUGUACUGAACUCUAAAAUACUCUACUCUUUUUGUCAGAAGAUUUGUAUAAUAUUUUUUUCUUCUCCAUGUUUAAGCUUCUCUGAUCUAUGAGCUGAAUGAUUAAUUAAAUGUUGGGAGGACUUGCUAAACCUAUGAAAAACAGUUUUCAUGAAACUUUUAACAUCCUCUCUAUUUAUAUAACACUCCAAUGAUUAAAAAAUAAUUAAUAAUCCAUGUUGGUGCUAGAGUACAUGUUUUGUACUUCAUAUACUUAUGGGGGAUUGUUGCAAAUGAUUCUGCUAUAUAAACAUUGGCAUUACAUUUAAUCAUAGUGAUCUUUUAGUCAUUUUUAGUCACCGUUUCCCUUUUAUUUUUUUUAGGGCACCAACACGUGCUAUCACAGCUGAAAUGAGAAUCAUGUUGUUAAAAAGCAAAAGGCAAUACUCUGACUGUUGGCGAUUUUGCAAACUGUAAUUAAAUGUUUUCAAAUGCAUCUCUAUUUCUGUUGUUUUGAAUGUUACAGUAUUAUUGUGAGUGCAAGUGAAAAAAGCCAAGGCAGGGCAAUCGGGUGAAAAUAAAUGUUUACUCGCAAAUGAAUAAUCCACCACAAAUAUAUUUUUAAUAAAUAAUGAACAUAUUAUUCUGAUGGGGAGUAAAAAGCUGUGUUCAUGAAUGGACAAACGGACUGCCUGCACUUCAACAAUAAAACACACAUUAUUGUUUUGUGUUUCAAAACGUUGUGCUACGGUGUGCCCUACUGAACAUGAUCCAUUAAAAGGUUACUAUAUUUGCUGCACAUUUAUCUCCAUAACCACUCAGCGGUAUAAUAUACAUUAAUUCAAAUUUAGGGCUCUAUUUAAUCUGUAUCGCUGAAGCAUUAUUUAAUGGUAAUUUCCUAUUAAACCGACAUCUGCAGCGUUUACCGUGAAUGCGAUCUCCGCUCACGCGGGAACAUUGCCCUCAAAUUUAAAUCACGCUGUAACGCUGAAUUUCUGCGAUACGGAAUGAAUAGAGCCCUCCGUUGUGUCAUGAGAUCCUCCAGCGCCCACUCCCUGUGGUCCCCAUGGACCAGUAGACCCUCAUAUAACGUUAUAAACAACAUUUCUAUUAGUAACAUUACUAAUAAUAUCUCUGGUAUAACAGCCAUUAGUUGUGUUGUGUCAUGAGAUCCUCCAGGGCCCUCUCCCUGUGGUUCUCGUGGACCAGUAGAACCUCUUUGAUGGUACUCUGCUGGAAUCCCAUCUCAUUGAACUGAGCCAGGAGCUGCAGGAAUUCACCAGCCUGGAA